UACGCAAAGUUUGAAUAGGGCUGGAGUUUUCCAAAUUAGUGCGAAGGGACGUAAAGAAGAACGCAGAAAAGGUUUUGAGCGUUAUCUUAAUCGUUAAGCUUUUAAAACAUAUUUAUCUAGCUAGCAAUAACUUAUCAGACGCCUAAUUACAGCCGCGAAACCACCUGUCCGCUAACAUCACUGUACAUAGGCCUUCGCAUAUACUUCGGUGCGUCUUACGCGCGGGCCCUCCCCCGCGGCGCCAUUGGCCACAGAGGCCGCUGCGCGCGCAGUGGCCCUCCUCACGCUCGGGUGUGAGACGAUGGGACUCCGCAGGAGCCGGUCGUGGCCGCAAUGUGGACCCGCGGACAGUGCUGUCGCGACCACGCUGCCACAUCGUCGUCACUCGGUGCACAUUCCACACGCUCGACGCGCUCGAACUAUAAAACUGCAACCGUAAACAGACAACCCUAAACUUUUUUAAGUUGUAGCGAUAGUUUAAAAUUAGUAUAAUUCGCCUAUUUUUUACUUUGCGAAUAUGAAUCUGUAAUUAAAUACCUUUUAAAUAUUAAUAUAAUUAUAGAUUAGUGUUUUAUUUUAAAAGUUUGACUGGAGUUAGAUUUGGUGAUGUGCGAUGGCUAAGCGUCAGGCGUUAAAAGGCUGGGGAGUUUUGCACUGCGCGCGUCUGGUGCUUCCGCUGUGCGCAUGCGCGUGCGCACUGGUGGCCGUCGCCGCGGACGCGCACGCCGACGUUGACACCUCUACCGGCAACGGAGACAAUACACUUACCAAUUCAGUUGUCGAAGAGCCGGAAUUCACCGAUGUAAUACAAAACGUCACGGUACCGGCAGGCCGCAGUGUUCGUCUUGCGUGCUCCGUAAAAAAUCUUGGUUCUUUCAAGGUAGCAUGGAUGCAUUUCGAGCAGUCUGCCAUUUUGACGGUUCACAACCACGUGAUAACGCGCAACCCGCGUGUCAGUGUGACCCACGACAAGCAUCGAACCUGGUUCCUGCACAUAUCGGACGUACGCGAAGAGGACCGCGGUCGCUACAUGUGCCAGAUCAACACCGUCACUGCGAAGACUCAGUUCGGUUACCUGCAUGUAGUCGUGCCCCCGUCAAUUGACGACUCGUUGAGUUCGAGCGAUGUUAUCGUCCGAGAGGGCGCCAACGUCACUCUGACGUGUCGCGCUAAUGGCUCUCCUAAGCCUACCAUCAAGUGGAAACGGGAUGACAAUUCAAAAAUCUCCAUCAGUAAAGGACAUUCAGUUUCGGAAUGGGAAGGCGAAGUACUGGAUAUGGCCAGAAUUUCACGGCUGGACAUGGGAGCUUAUUUAUGUAUAGCAAGUAACGGAGUGCCGCCGACAGUGUCUAAGAGAGUCAAAGUUAGCGUCGACUUUCCACCUAUGUUAUGGAUACCCCAUCAACUGGUUGGUGCUCCUCUAUAUUACAAUGUUACAUUAGAAUGUUUUACGGAAGCCUAUCCCACUUCUCUGAACUACUGGACCCGUGAAGACGGUCAUAUGAUACACGAAAGCUCUAAAUACCACAUGGAGAACACUGUGGGUUCACCACAAUACAAAACUCACAUGAAGCUACUCAUCAGGCAUAUUAUCACUGAAGACUACGGGAUGUACAAAUGCGUGGCAAAAAAUCCAAGAGGAGAAUCCGAUGGAACUAUACGACUAUACACGUCAUCACCGCCCACAACUACUCCAGACCCUAGAACAAUAACCAUUCCUCCGCCGUCAAGACCCCCACGUCGAGAUACGCCACUUGUAGAUAAAGGAACGAAGUAUCAAUCGAACUUGAACGAGAUCGAUAAGGGGAAGCAAAAGUCUGACGAGGGUGGCGGGAAGACGCAUCUCAACUGGGUGGGCGGUGCAUCGCACGUUACAGAUAACGCCGUAUGGAGUAGAAGCCAUCCAAGGGUUUUAGUUCUAAUCUACGCACUAUUGAAUUUAUUAGAAUUAUUUUAAAUGCACAUACACUAUGAUGGUACAUAUAAACGUAAAAUCACUGUCCAUAAUAAGUAUUUAUGAUCAGCUUAAUAUUCUAUUUGUAUCUACCGAAUAUUCUAUAGAUGAUACUGAUAACUCUAAAUUAACGGAUGAUUUUUGAGGAAAAUGACACUUUUACAAAUAUACAUUUAUAUGCACUUAAAAUUAUACUAAGUAAAGUUCUGUCGUAGAACAUUUUAUUUUGCACACAAUUAGCUUAGCUGUUAAACUAUAUCAGGGAGUAUAUUUUAGAAUAUAACGUCGCUUACACAGUACGCUCAUAUAUCUAAUUUCUAAUAGAUAGCGGUGCUGUCACAUAGCGGCUGCUAAAUAGCCUCGAAUUACGUCACUGAAAUGUUGCCUAUAAAACAAUAUAGUUUGGUUUCCCAGUGAGACUUGUUUGACACUACUGCCCUAUUCGUAGAAACCAGAGCUUUAGAGUUUUGCUCUAAAUUGAGCUUAAAUUGGGAGACUUAUUUAAUAAAUCAGAAAAAUAAAAUUAGUGGGAAGAAAUCAUUAUUUAAUUUCGAAAAUUUCUUCGGAAACAGGUAAAGUAGUUUUAAUGAAUUAGGCGCAUGUUUAACUCUCAUACACGAGAAUACUGGAGUUAUAAGCAGACGAUAUUCAUAUAUUAUAUUGUGUAUAAAUGUUGUUGUUAAUUAUAAAAUACUACGAUAUAUACAAUAUUAUGUAAAAAAGUUCCUUUAAAGCGAACUCACGAUAUAGCAGAUAAAAAUUCCAGGUUUUUAGUCUAUAUCUCUAUAUAUAUUAUAUUUUUAAAUAAGAAUAACAUGUAUUUCACAUCAGAGAUACUUAAAAUGUAAAUCGCAUCUAACACCAUUUAUCAAGAUUCGAAACAAUCUGCUAAAUCGUGAAACUUAUCAAAUAAAUAAUAAUUAAAGCACGUGUAAUGAUAUAAUAAAAGUGCACUAUUGUCGUAAUGAUUAUUUUAUUAAAUAGAGUAAGACUGAAAAAUAUUUUGUAUUCUUUUUUAAUGUUUGGCUUACAUUUUGAUCUUUAAGUUCGCUUUUUUUGAAAUUUGAUAAAAUAAACGGUAACAAAUUAAAAAAUAACACAGUGAUAAGAAGAAAAUUAAACUGUCUUGCUCAUAAUUUUCAAUUACUGAUUUUUUCAAGUAUUUUCUACAAGUACGAUUUAUUUUAGAAAAGUACGAAUCGCAAAAUAUGUAAGAAGCAGAAACAACACAAGUGAAAAAUGAAAAAUUAUUAUAUGUUUGAUGUUUAUUUUAGUUCUGUAAAAUGUGACAUUUCAUCUAGAACUGUAAUUUAUUUUACAACUUUUGAGUUAAACGAAACAGAACUUGUAUAACGUGUGUAAGAGCGAACAUGGAAAAUAGGAUAUUUUGCCAACAAAAUGCCAAAGUCUGGAAUUAAAUUGCAACUUUAGUAACUUAGAAGUCUAGUCAGUAUGUGACUUAGAGCACAAUGUUCGCAUUUUAUUU